CGUCCAGCAGCUGAUCGGUAAUCCAGAAGAAGUUUCCCCUCAGUUAGGGGGGAGCUCCACUUUGAAGCAGGAGACUCCACAACCACCCUGCAUUAAAAAGGAAGAGGAGGAACUCUGCAUCACUCAGGAGGGAGAGUGUCUUCUAGGACGAGAGGAAGCUGAUUACACCAAGUUUCCACUGAGUAUUCUCUCUGUGAAGACUGAAGAUGAUGAAGAGAAACCACAAGUAGACAACCUCUUAACUCCACUAUCAGAUAGUAAGGUUGAAAACGAUGUUGAAUUAUCUGUGAAGACUGAAGAUGAUGAAGAGAAACCACAAGUAGACAACUUCUUAGCUCUACUAUCAGAUAGUAAGGUUGAAAACGAUGUUGAAUUCUCUGUGAAGACUGAAGAUGAUGAAGAGAAACCACAAGUAGACAACUUCUUAGCUCUACUAUCAGAUAGUAAGGUUGAAAACGAUGUUGAAUUCUCUGUGAAGACUGAAGAUGAUGAAGAGAAACCACAAGUAGACAACCUCUUAGCUCCACUAUCAGAUAGUAAGGUUGAAAACGAUGUUGAAUUCUCUGUGAAGACUGAAGAUGAUGAAGAGAAACCUCAAGUAGACAACCUCUCAGCUCCACUAUCAGAUAGUGAGGCUGAAGACGAGCUUGAAGAACCUUUGAGCAACGAUACAGACUGUGAAGGUGAUAUGAGGACUCACACUGACAACAAGCACUCUGAAUGCUCUACAAAGAAGAGAGGUAAAACAUGUUUGAGCUGCUCAGUUUGUGCUGAAGGUUUUACUAAAAAGAGCCGUUUGACUCAACACAUGAGAACACAUACAGGUGAAAAACCAUUUAAAUGUUCAGUUUGUGGCAAAAGCUUUUCUCAAAAAAGCUCUUUGACUCAACACAUGAGAACACACACAGGUGAAAAACCAUUUAAAUGUUCAGUUUGUGGCAAAAGCUUUUCUCAAAAUGGCUCUUUGACUCAACACAUGAGGACACACCCAGGAGAAAAAACAUUUUUUAAUUGUUCAGUUUGUGGCAAAAGCUUUUCUGUUAAGGGGUAUUUGACUGAACACAUGAGAACACACGCAGGUGAAAAACCCUUUAGUUGUUCAGUUUGUGGCAAAAGCUUUUCUGUUAAGAGGUAUUUGACUGAACACAUGAGAACACACACAGGUGAAAAACCAUUCAGUUGUUCAAUUUGUGGCGAAAGCUUUUCACAAAAGGGCUCUUUGACUAAACACAUGAGAACACACACAGGUGAAAAACCAUAUUGUUGUUCAGUUUGUGGCAAAAGUGUUUCUGUUAAGAACACGUUGACUGAACACAUGAGAACACACACAGGUGAAAAACCAUUUAUUUGUUCAGUUUGUGGCGAAUGCUUUUCUGUUAAGAGGAAUUUGACUGAACACAUGAGAACACACACUGGACUAAGACCAUUUAAUUGUUCAGUUUGUGGGAAAAGCUUUCCUAAUAACAGCUCUUUGUGUCGACACAUGAGAACACACACUGGAGAAAAAACAUUUAGUUGUUCAGUGUGCUGUAAAAGGUUCCCACGUAAUGUAGACGCAGUAAAACACAUAAGAACACACAAGGGAAAAUAACCAAUUAGCUGUUUAGUUUGUGGUAUGUUGCUCAUAUGUGGUGACAUCCACCCUACCCAGGACCUCCUCACUGCUUCUUUCACAAAUAUCUGAGGUAUUCAUACACACUUUGAUUAUUGGAAGCAUAAUUUUAUCUAACUGCCAACUUUUACUCCUCAGACUGAUUGAUGUGCAAAUCAGAGACAUAUGAACAAUUAACCCCCAACACCCACAACCCAACCCCCACCUCCCUCGACAUUCGGGCAUAACAGGUUCAAUCCGGCCCGCGAGAUGAGUUUGCGAAGUGUACAAUUCAGCUGUAUUUAAAUGAAAUAAACUGCUGUUCUAAUUGUGUCCACUGGAUGUCGCAAUUCUGUUAGGCAAGCAAAUAGUUUAUACCGGUGCGAGCAAGUAUACCAAGCAAGAGGUACACGGUAAAGCGGGGCUGUGACUCCUCCCCCUCCACCCAACAUAAAACAGGAGUAAAAUAAGCAAUCAGUAACCCCACUUAAAAUGCAGCAUGAGACACUGCACACUGAUAUAGUUCUGUGAAAAUGAUUGUCUUCUGUGCAAAUGUAAAGAAAGUGAACAGUGUGUGAUUUACUGCAAUACUGUCAGUCUUUUAACUUUUAAUUUGUGCUUUGUUGAAAUUGUUCACACAUUGCACAGCUUUUAUUUUUCUAUCAAUACACAUUAUGUCUAGAAGACAGGAAGUAACUCAACACUCUUGAAUAGUUUCUACCUCAGUUUGUAUGGUUUGUUGAGUUAGCACAGGAUUAAUAUGUGGAAAUGACAAAUGAGGUAGUUGAUACAUAGAAUAGUUUUUAUUCAUGCUUUAUUUUGUUUUUUGUUCAAUCCUAGAUGUGCUGUGACUUAAAGUUUAAUUGCUUUGUAGAAACACUGAGAUUAAGUCCAAAUUCAUUGUGUUUUUCAAGGUGUUUCUGAAAAUGUACCAUUUGUUUCCUCUAAAUGUUGAACUAACUUGAAGUGUUUUGUCAAGAUGAUUAUUUGUGAUGUGUACAUUUUUGUGCUUGUUCUAUUUUUGGCCAAAGUAAAACAAAGAAAACAAUCUGAAGUUGUCAUAGUUGUAUUUUUAAGUUAUGUUGCCAUGAUUUUACCCGUCCCGCCCACGUGGAAAUAGAUUUUCAAAACGGCCAAAACUGUCAGGUGCCCAGGGAAGAAAAAAGAGAAAAGAAGAGGAGAAACGAGAAAAAGACAGAGGUAGCAGGUAGGUAACGUUAGCCUACAUGAAAAUAUUUGUCUGUUCCAGAAUGUGAUAGUAACCUGGCUUUUUAGCAUUAAGCUAAUGUUACAUGAUUCGGCAAUUGCUAAUCAAUAAAUAGCUACUUCUGUUUUAACGUCGGGUUUAUAUUGUGGAGGGGGCUAAAUUGUUAUGGAAAAUAAUAAUGUAACGUUAGGUAAUUACAGUACUCCCACCUUAAAUUCCUCAGGGACAUUUGUAUUAGAUCUUUUAAGCAGGUGUUUUUUGUUUACGUUGUUAUUGCCUUCUGGUUAGCUAAUGUUUGCCUUGCAGGUAAUAGUCACUUUUCCACCCCUUUAUAUAUUAGGUAUAGUUGUAAGCCUAGUUGUUAAAGUGCACAUCAUGAAUGUUAAUUAAGCAAUAUCACAUG